AUGUGUGGAAAAUUCGAUGCAAUAGUGCAUUUAAGGUCAAAAAUUUGUACGUGCAAAAUUUUUGAUAUUGAGAAGCUUCCAUGUAUUCAUGCCAUAGCAGCAGCAGGAAAGUCCCAACCUCAAAAAACUGGGGAACUUAUAUAUUCGUUGUGUUCAAAAUUCUACACUUCAGAAUACUGGUUGUUAGCAUAUGUUGAAACUAUAUAUCUUGUUCCUCCAAACUCACAGUGGACCAACAUUCCUGAAGAUGUUAUUGCAAUACAAGUGAUAGCACCACCUGAAGACAUGACUAAAGGGCGACCAAAAAUCAACCGCAUACCUUCCCAAGGUGAAGUUUCUAAGAGAAAAUAUAAUUGUGGGGCAUGUGGGAAUUCAGGACAUAAUGCGCAGAAGUGUCCAACUCGUCAUGCGCCAUCAGAUGUUGGAAGCACAACUAAUUUUAUUAUUAUUAUUUUAUAG